GCACCAAGCCCGUGCGUCAGUGGAUGACGCCGAUCAAGCUGGUUUUACGGCGCUGCAGCGCGCUUGCGGCAACGGCAGCGUGGAAGCUGUUUAUUUUCUCACCCGUGCCGGGGCAGACAAGGAGAUUGCCGACAUGUGGGGAAGCUGGCCACUUGCCCUGGCCUGUGAGGCAGGGAUGGCUGAGAUCGUACGACUGUUGGUGAGUGCUGGAGCUGAAACGAACCACGCUUCCAGCAUUGAUGGGUCGACGGCGCUGAAUCGCGGCGCCACGCUGCGUCGGCCGGAGGUGGUGGAGAUUCUCAUCCAAGGAGGGGCAGACGUAAACGUGCCUGACUUCGACGCCUCCACGCCUUUGCUCAACUCUGCCUGUCUGGAUCUAGGCCGCGCAACUCACGUGCUGCUUGCUGCCGGGGCAGACCCCAACCGUGAGAACAAGUACGGCCUCGCCCCGCUUCUCGUCCCGGUCCAGGGCGAUUGUAAAGG